UCAACAGCAACAGCUCCAAGAAGAACAUUCAGCAUGGUGGCUCUAUGCAUUCUAACUCUUUAUCUGAUAACAGGUGUGGCGAAGGCCAUCAAUGUAACGGCCUACACAGGAGGAGCCGUCUACAUCAAGUGUGAGUACGGAGGCUCUGGCUUGGGCAGCGUUAAGAGACUCUGCAAAUGGCAAGGUGCGAACUGCAAGGAGCUGAUAAGGACAGACAAAGACACGUUCGAGAACGACAGGUUCCGCCUCAAAGACAACGGCACGGGUUAUUUCGAAGUUGGCCUAGCCCAGCUGACCACACGGGAUAAGGGUCGGUACGAGUGUGCUCUGGACAACGCAGGUCACCAGGCAUCCACACACAUCAACCUGGAGGUGAGCGAAGAUGCUUGCUGUGGUAAAGAAGUUCAGCUGGAAGUGGCUGCUGGCGAGGACGUCAACAUCUCCUGCCCUUAUUUGGACGCACACGCACAAGGCGCCAAGUUCUUCUGCGUGCCGAAGGGUGCACACGACUGCCGAUACAAAGAGGUGUUUCAAUCUGACCGCAUUUGGGAUAACAAAAGCAAACUGCAUAGCUACUCUGUAUUUGACAAUCGGGAGGCGAAAGUCCUCACUGUGAAGGUGGAGAAAUUCAACCAGUACAAACCUGACUCUCUCCGGUGUGGCGUAUUAAUGAACUGGGACAAAAAUGGAUACAAAGUGAUUUUUAAUCACGCUCGUCUCACACUUAAAGCAAGUCAACCAAAGCCAAAACCAACACAAUCAUCACCAAAAGCGAUACCAAGACAAUUAUCAACACCAACAGCAAAACCAACACAAUCAUCAACACCAACAGCAAUACCAAGACAAUUAUCAAAACCAACAGCAAAACCAACACAAUCAACAUCUUCCUCUGAUCAAGGCGGAGUCAUUAACAAGAAAUGCAAGUGGUCAGAUGUGGAGUGCAAACUGGAUUUUCUGAACAAACUGGAACAGAAUUCAUCUGUGUCCACCUUGCAGCCAAAGGAGGUGUCCAGUCUGCUGGACGUUUUGCUGGAGGCUCCCCGAGAGAGUCUGGCCUCGAGGGGAGAGGACGUGCUCCAGUCCACUGAGAAGCUGGUGUCCAGGCUGGUGGAGACGACUCACACUCAGUCCCGCAGAAACCUCAGCACCAACACGACAGAGGUGGAGGUUCUCAGCGUCGGGCGCGCCACCACCCUGAAAGUCGCUAAGCUGGACACCGCUAACGUCAGCCUGGAUAUCGACCUCCUCGGAAUUGCUCUGAACAACAAUGGUUCAGCAUCUGUUGUCCUUAUGGUCUACAAGACUAUGAGGGAGGUCCUCGAUGCCAGCUUCUUCGAAACGGGACGCGGGGAGACAGCAGACAUGAUGUCUCAUGUGAUCUCUGUCAUCCUUCCUAAUACACUUAACCAAACACUACUAAUUCCAGUUAACCUCACCAUACAACAUCUCAAGCGGACGAGCACUAAGGAGAAGAUCUGCUGUGUGUACUGGAACGUCAGUGCCUGGAUCGAGGACGGCUGCCACGUCAGUGACACCAACUCCACACACACAGUCUGCUCCUGUCAACACCUCUCCACCUUCGCCCUGAUCAUGACAGUUGAUCACAACCCGGAGAGUGAUCCAAUCUUGGACGUUCUGAACACCAUCUUGGUUCUGAUUGGCCUGGUGUUCCUGGCCCUGGCUGUGAUGACCUUUGCCCUCUGUCGCUGGAACCCCAGGGUGUCCAACGUGGCUCGUCUGAACCUGUGUGUGUGUCUGCUGCUGGCUCAACCCCUCUUCCUGCUCACCCAGAGCUUCCUCCACCUCAUCUGGUCCCAUGAGAUGUUGUGUAAGCUGUUGUCAGGAGUCCUGCAUUUCCUCUUCCUGUGCUGUUUCGUGUGGAUGUCCAUAGAGGCCGUGCUGCUCUUUCUGUCUGUACGGAAGCUCAAGCAGGUCAAACCUAACGAGCGGGCGGGUCUACAUUGGAAGCUCAGCAUCCUCAUUGGCUAUGGGAUCCCGCUGUUCAUAGUGGGUGUGUCUGCUGGAGUAAAACCCGAUGGAUAUGGCAGUGAGAAAUGCUGGCUCAAGACAGUGGAUGGGUUCAAAUGGAGUUUUCUUGGCCCUGUGUGCUUCAUAAUUGGUGGCAACAUCAUACUCUUCCUCACCAUCCUCAUCACUAUCUACUCCACCCUGAAGGAGGCACGCAGUGAGGCGUCAACAGUGAAAUACAACAGAGUCCUGCUGUUUAAAAUCACAGUCCAGUUCGUCAUCCUGGGUUGCCCCUGGAUACUAGGCCUGUUAGCGUCCCACAGUCGCGUUCUAGAGGUUCUCUUCAUGUUCCUCACCUCACAGCAAGGAACCGCCAUAUUCGUGAUCCAUUGCCUCCUCAACACAGAGGUGCGGCGCCAGUACAUGGCGUGGUGGCAGAGGUAUAAACAGACGGGCUCGAGAGACAGAACCUCCAUCCCUCUGACCCAGCAGCCCAGCGGAGCCACCACCCUCUCCACCUCCCACUGCACCACCCUCUCCACCUCCCAUUCCGUCCUCCCACGAGGCUCACUCUCAUUGGAGGAAGAGCGCAGCACCGUCUCAAAGGACAAGACAAACUAGGGUCCACACACACACACACACACACACACACACAUACAGUACCCUCUUUCUCUUUCUCUCUCUCUCUCUCACACACACAUACACACACACACACACACACACUCCAGCAGAAAUAUACAUACAAAUAUAUUGAAACGCAUACACACACACACACACACACACACACACACACACACACACACACACACACACACUACAAACAUGCAUGUAGGAGAUAAAUAUGCAAACCAUUAAAUACCCACACAAACCUCUAAACACAGUCCAUAUUCAAAUUAAACAUACACACAGAGCACUUUAUGACAAGUCUUACCGGAGGUUUAGCAUAUAUUUGAAGAAUAUUGUUUAUCUGACUACUUUCAGAUCAACAGAUUCGGUGGUAGGCACAAACAAACUGGAGGGAAGGAGUGUUUGCCUGUUCAUGAGUUGGAAAAGAUGAGUUGAUUAAAACAUAUACUUUAAAUAUGAAUUAUGAUAUACUGUAUAUUAUAUUAUACAUUUAAAUGUACAUAAAAUGUAACAGAGGAGUGUAAUAGUUGCUUUUAAUAUUAUGUCUUAGGGUUGAUUUUUUUACCAUUUUGUUUCUACUUAAUUCUUGAGUGUUUGCCUGUUCAUUAGUUGGAAAAGAUGAGUUGAUUAAAACAUAUAUGUAUAUAUGAAUAAUGAUAUACUGUAUAUUAUAUUACAUUUAAAUGUACAUAAAAUUUAGGGUUGAUUUUUUUACCAUUCUGUUUCUACUUAAUUCUUGAAUGUUUCAAACUACAAUUUCUAAAUACUCUUAAAUAAUUAUUAGUUACGUGUCAAUAAAGGAGAGCUGGCUUUCAUUUGAACAGACAGACAACAGGGUAUUCUUUCACAGUGGAGACACAGAAAGUUAUUGAUUUUGAUGUCUUGAAACAACGAUAAGAUGAGGUAGCCUACUACUGGCAUUUCUCUGUAAUGCUUAUCUGUAUUUGUAGCUGUGUGCAUCAAAUACCUCAAACAGUGAUAUUUUAUUAUGUGUGUACAGUCCCUUUGACUUCCUGUAAGAGAAAAACAUUCAUAAAUAGUCAAUCAUGGUGAAAAGAAUGUACAUUUCAUACUGUUACAUUUACACGCGUCCUUUGUCCUUUGUUUCUAUCAUAGCACCAAGCAUCUCAAUUUGACAUGCUUUAGACUCGAAGAGUAUUGUGAAUCUGCCAUUUGUAUAUUGCAUAAAUAAAACCAAUGAGAGUUA